AUGACCCAAGAAACCACCGAGAACGAAACAGACGAAUUUUGUGACGAGAAGAUGGGGUAAGUUCAUUCAUUAUCCGUACUUUGCUUGAAGCUAUAAAGUUGAUGAUGCAAGCUGAAAUUGCGUCGGCGGCCGGCAAUGUUUUCCCGGUUUUCUUUGUUGAGCUUUUUCUCAUUGUGAUCCAAAACAAGGAUUCUUCGCUUCCUUCCACAAUUUUUUGUUAACUAAAGGAAAGGGGAAGGUUGAUAUGUUUGCAAGCAAAAAUUUGUAAAUCGAAGUUCGCUUUGUUUAACGCUCGUGACUGUCACCGUGGAUCGCUUCCAGUCCCUGAUUGUACGAGUACAAGUUGAGUGAAUUGGUUCAAAAUAGCUCACUUAACAGAUUUCGUGUAAAUUUUCAUUUUUUCAAGUUUCGUUAGGUUUCAUUUUGGUUAUCUAUCUCUCUUCCAAUUUCCAAGUUUUCGCUCGUUUUAAUGUUGAUUCGUGAUGUUUUUCCGGGAACAUGGAGUUAGGUAAUUUCGUUGACGCGACUAAAAAUCCUUUGUGUUCUUACAGGCGUGUUUGUUGCAGUUUCUUGUGAAACGCUCGAUAAAAAGUACCCGUUGGAAUUUUUUUCUUUGGAAAGAACUUCAAUUUUGAUGUAAUUUUCCCUAUCCCUGGUAAAAUACUAUGACGUGUGAAAUUUACUAUAUUGUACUAAAAUCAUCACCUGACCUUGCGCGCUGUCGCGAAGUCACGGGAGUGUAUGUGUUCGUGCUCAGAAUUAAUACAAUAUUUUUUUGUUUUUUUUUUUUUUCGUUUUGCUGGUGCAUAUUUGUAAAAAAAUACUCACAAUCGGUAUUUUUUCAGGAUAAUCACUGCAUUUUUUUUUCAAAAAUAUAAUAUACUAUUUUUCUUGAAAACGUGGUGAUGUAACUUGUAUCAAUUAUGAACAAGACAGAGCAAGGGGGUUUGAUGAGUCAUCUUGUUUACAUUUUCAGUGAUAUGGUCAACAGACUCAAGGUCAUUUGGGCGUUACAAGAAGUUCUGCAUCAAAGCGAAGCUCAAGGUCAUUUGGUGUGUGGCGUCCAUAAUGCAGCUAAUGAACUGGCUGUGUAAGUACUGGUAUUAUGACUUCUGGUUUGGGGUUUAGUCAGUUUAUGUAAAUUAAUUUAAGACGGAAUCCAUCAGGAAGUAGAGUAAUUUCAAUUUUUAGUGGACAAAAACCUUGUGCCAAAAUAGUUUAAACAAUAUCGCAUACUUUUUUACAUUUUUCAAGGGCUAUGGAUAUAAUUAGUUAUAUGUGACCCUUCAUGCGAAAAGGGGGCUUAUGGAUUUCACUAAAAACCGUGAAUUUUUUUCACGGUCACGGUGCGUGAAUUAGAGUUUUCACAGCGUGAAUUUCAAAUUCCACGCCCGUUCACUCCUUGCGAGAAUUUUUCACUCUUGGCGUGAAACUGAUCAUGUUGCGAAAGAUCAGUGAAGACUUCCACGCCGUGAAAUUAAGAGUGAACACAUUUUCACGCCGUGAAACAUGUCGACGGUGAAUGAAAUCUAACCUGUUUUUUUUGUUUUGUGUUUUUUCUCGCCCCUUUUCGAGCUGGAAAAAAACGAGAAUACCUGGUCACGUCAAGCUAAAUUUGUGGAAGUUGAUCCCACGCAAAAAAUAAUAUUUCUCUCAGCAUAUUCAAGCCGUUUUAAAUAUAGAAAAGCGUAUUCAGACUAUUCCGCGUUCAGGCCUGUAAAGCCACAAAUCACAAUCAAACUAGUCACAAUUUCUUGUCGAUAUUUUUAUGUGUUCAUGGCAAGUAUUUUAUUAGAUAUGCACGAUCGGAACUGCGUGUGUUUCAUGUUCAUUUGCAUUGUUUACAUUGUCUGUAACUGCAACAGUCGGUGACUUUUGGCUCUUUUUUUUCUUCUCCUCAACGUGCAAAUUUUCCCAAUGUCGAUGUCAGAGACGAUUAGUUAUUUACCAAACAUGGCAAGGUUUUCACCUAACGAAAUUCUUUGCGGAAAGACUAACUAUUACUGCCAUUCCUAAAACCGGGAUAAUUGUCGUCUGUGUCGACGCGCAUUGCAGUGAAGUGACUGAUCUUAUCUUCAGUUUUGUAGCCCCAUCAUCAUCCAUCACACGCGCAAACUCUACUUGAUUUAUCAUGCUCCAUUUCAAGUUCCUUGUCUCAUUGUUAAAUGUUAUACUCAAAAUUUCGCCGUUACAACGAUCUGAACAGAAGGGUAAAAAUGAAAUAAAUCCAAAAGAUAUCACGCAAUAUCAAAACAUGCGUUACAUAUUUCUUCAUCUUGUCGCCACCGAGUCUAGCAUUUGCAUAACUUCAUGGAAGAGAUAAAAGCUUCCAAAUUCUUUUAAAUUUUAAACGAUACUUUGGUUGUAAAUUUAGAGAAUACAAAGACGGAAUCAUGCAGUUGUUGAUUAUCUUCGGCGAUCUUCGGUGUCUUUUUUUAGCGAUUUCAUCUGUUUUGCCGAAAAUCAAAAAUCAAAAAGUACUGACCAGUACAUGUUACAUUCAUCUGGGCAAAUAAAGGCUUGCAUGACAUCUAAACAAUACACUUUUGAAAACAAUGUUACAUUAAUUUUCAUUUUGACUGUUGGAAGAUUUUCACGGCGUGAAAUUAAAUUUCACGGUGACUGAAAUUUUUCACGGCAUGAAAUAUUUUCACGGCCAUUAUAAACUUUUUCACUGCGUGAAAUUUUCACGGUAGCCGUGAAUUUUUCACGGCGUGUUCACGGCGUGAAAGAGAAAUUUCACUCACAUUCCAAAAAUCUUUCUUACUUUCACGGCCUGGAUCGUGAAAAUAGGCAUAGCGUGAAAUUUAGAUAAGCCCCCAAGUCGCGUGAAGGGUCACAUAUGUAGUAACAUUGAAGACUAUUUCUCAUAGGGGCCCAAGAAAAUAAAUGCCAAAUUUCACGAGAAUUGUGAAAACACAGGUUAAGUUCUGAAAAUUCACGUGUAAGAUGUCAUUUUGUGAAAUUCGACAUUUAUUUUCUCAGGCUCUCAUAAGAAGUAUUCUUGGGUGUUAUUAGCUAAUUACAUCUCUCACCCUUGAAAAAUGUAAAAAAAGAAUGAAAUAUUGUUUAAAUCAUUCUGGUACAAGGUUUUUGUCUGAAAAUUAAAAUUACUCGAUUUCCUGGUGGCCCAGGGGCCCCACUCACAUAUUUUAAUGACGGGGGGGUCUGAAGGAUUUUUUUGGGUCUGACAUUUUGGCCAAAAGGGAUUUUUUUGGGUCUAUGAAAGACGCCGGGAUUUUUUUGGGUAGCGAAAAUAACAGAGGGAUUUUUUGGGGUACUGUAUUUUUCAUCAGCUCAAAUCAAAAAUAACAUAAGCGUAAUUUAGAGUUUUGUUUUUGACCAAAACCAAAGUUGAAGUUGGCAUGUUUUAGCUUUCCAGAAGAUAAAUAAUAAAAUUUGCUGAUGUAAAAACACUGAGGGAUUUUUUUGGGUAUGCUAAAAAAAGUACGGAUUUUUUUGGGUAUUAAAUAUAAACCUCUGUCAGACCCCCCCGUCAUUAAAAUAUGUGAGUGGGGUCCCUGGGCCUGGUGGAUUUCAUCUUAAUUAUCAUUACUUAAAGGGGCUGUGUCACGGCAGUCCAGUUCAUUUUGUUUUAUUUUGCCAAUUACUCGCCCUCAAUCACUAUGGAACUUAAAGUAAGCAAAGAAAUUACAUGUAAAUGAAAAAAUCAGAGAUCCGAGACAAGCAAAAUAUGUCUCCUGAGCAUAAUUUUUGAAGUUGCAAGCAGCAGGAAUCAACUUUGAAAAACUGUAAGGCUGAACAGUUUUCAAAAAUCAUAAUUUCAAUCCGUUUCAAUUUUCUUCAGUUUUGCCCAUCUGCGGCAUCUGUUGUUUCUGUUACGUUAUUUUAACCUUUUUUUUUUUAAUGUUUCAAGCAGUUAUUUUCAUGUUUCUCUUAAUUUAACGGGCAUUUUGUAAUUACCUAAUUUGGCUGAAUUUCAAGACACAGCUCCUUUAAUGGCAUGCUGUUAUUAUGAUAACAUCCUCAGUUGUUCAAAAGGUGGAAAGCACUAUCCACUAUCCACUAUCCACUAUCCACUAUCCACUAUCACUAUCAAUGGGAAAAUAUCUUACUACUGAAUAACACAACAUGUUUUUGGACCGAUUAGUUGGAUUUUACUAAAACAAUUAUUCCUCUUGCCCUCAUGGGCUAUUGACUCAGAGCCCAUUCGGGCUCGAGGAAUAAUUGUUUAUCAUUAUCAUUAUUAUUAUUAUUAUUAUUAUUAUUAUCAUCAUCAUCAUAGCUAAGGUAGUUUCCUGCUAUUCUAUUGCAGAGAUCAGGAAGCAAUAGGGCUCUGUAUACUGGUAGAAAAUCCACGUGCAGAUCCUGGUACACAGGUUCAUUGCCGACUAAUAGAGGCCUACUGCUGGGAAUGUGCCAUUCCUGUUAUUAAGGUAAGAUACGCUUCAAUGCUACCUUCUUCAGUGAUAGAUCGGAGAUCAAGUACUGAAAAUGUCAGAAUUUGGAAACAAUAUGUUGCUACUGAAGUGAAGCAGAAAGCUAUUGAGGUUGGAUCAGGAGUUUAUGAGAUCUAUAACUUCUAGGUGUACCAUUACACCCCCCCAUCCCCUUUAUGUGCAAACCUGUCAUCAAUAUGUUCUUUUACAUUGUUUAUUAAAUGAAAAGGGAAAUAUCAAAAUAAUCUGUCCCUUUGCCUUGUUUUCAGGUAAAUGACAGUCGAAAGCUACACAAGAUGACAAAUUACCAUGGCACUCUGAGAGAACCUCUAGAUUGCGUUCUUGUGAAGGUAUUAGCAGUCAAAUUUCUAAAUAUUAGAAAUUUAUCACUAUUAAUUAUUAUUAUCAGUAUUAUUAUUAUUAUUACUAUUAUUAUCAUUAUUAUUAUUAUUAUUAUCAUUAUUAUGAUGAUGAUGGCAGUACAAACAUCUGGAUGCCCAGAGUAAAAAAUAAAAGCUCUGCUUGGGUGGCAAACCGUAACCAGCCGCAGCAUCGACUAAAAUUUGUAGUAACAAUUACACAAUAAUUUAAGCAAAAAAAAAAAACCUGGUUAAAAAUGAUUUGAUGAAAGUGUCAUAAAAUAAAUUAAAAGAAAUAAAAAAAAGAAAAUUCCUACAAGCUUUAUGGAGGUCUUAAUUAUAAAACAAAAGUGUUCAUAAGUUAAAAACCAUUGUUGAUCAUAUAGCUGUUCAUUAAUUAUGAGAACGUCUAAGGUAUGUCAAUACAAUUUUGAUAAUGUACAAGAUUGAGUAACUAUCUGUUAAAAUAGGUGUCCAAAAUUCCAAAUAAUUUAUUAUUAUUAUUAUUAUUAUUAUUAUUAUUAUAUGUUAUUUCUGUUCUUUGUAAUUUUAGGUGCUAAGUGAGUGCUUUUGUUUUUUUCUCACAGAACCUGGUAACACAGACAGAUGCUGUUUCCACAGUGCUACAGUUUUCACGGCAUGCUCCAGCUCCACUUCUUAAGAUCAAAUAAAGGUUCCUAGAUGCAAUGGAUGGUACACAAAUUGCAUAGCAAAAUAUUCCAGUGCUAUGAUCAACAAAAGGGACAGUUUCAAGUCAGGCUUUGGAACGUUGCCAUCAGAAGACAAAAAAAAAACAAAAAACAUACUUGUAAAAGGGCUUGCUUGCUCAGGUCAAUAAUUAAAUUACAGUAAUGUUGGUUUAGAGUUUAAUGCAGUAGCAGAUCUAAACAAAAAUGUUUACACUAACUGACUCCCUGAGCACUGUAUCGCUCAGUUAAAAGAAAAAGAAAAGAAACACCAACAAAAUUUAAUAACAAUGUAACUCUGCAGGAUUGCCAAGCAGAGGAAAAAAAUAAAGCAAUGAAUAUUACCAGUUAGACAAAUUUGUAAGGGCUUCAGAGUUGCCCAAGUUUUGUUUAGUUCACGUGGUAUUGCUUUGAAAUAAGUUGUAGAGUGAAUUUAACCUUUCACUUCAAGUAAUUGUAGCUUUGUUAUUUAAAGCAUUUUAUAUUGUAUCCUCUUGGAAGGAAAAUAUUAUAAAUUAUUGGUGCUAUGAAGUAGUACAGACCAGUAAGUUAUUUUUUAAUAUCAGCAGGAAUAAUUAUUAUAAUUAUUUUAAAACAGAAAAAUGUAUUACCAUAAUUUAUGCUCAAGUAAGCAUUCUUGAAUCAAUUGAUACAAUAAUUUCCCAUUCAAUUUAUUAAUCUGAAUUUUUAAAUAAUGUAGAGAAUCAUAUUUCUGUUUUAAUAAAAAGUUUAUUUUGUUUGCCAUCAUGGAAGAAAGUACUCCAUAAUUCCAGCAUGCCAGUGGUGCAUGUGGAAACUGCCGGUCAGUGGGUCUUCCAUCUUACGGUGAUUGCGUGGCAGCAUUGGGAUGUCAUGUAUAGGGACGCAUUACUCCUGCAUGUGUACAGUCAAUUCUGUCUAAAAACGGACACCUUUGGGAUGGGUCCUAAGUGUCCAUCUGAAAGAGAUGUCUGUCUUAUGGAGAGUAAAAUAAGGGGAGUCAAAUUCUAGGUGUCCGUUUUACAGAGGUGUCCGUCCCUUUGGGGCGGGCUCUAAGUGUCUGUCUUAUAGAGAGUCAGAUAAAGGGAGUAAAGAAAGGCAGGGACCAACUCAAGGUGUCUGUUUUACAGGUGUGUGUCUUCUAGAGGUGUCCAUUAAGAAAGAGUUGACUGUAUGCAUACAGAAGUAGCUGUGUGGGAACCUUAACUUUGGGUUGUGAUUGUUACGCGUCCCCAUACACAUUAUUUAUACUUGCCCGUGGUGUGUCGAGGGUUGCAGGCCAUACAUAUUUCAACUCGGAGACCACCUAAAGACCCUUAAUUUAUUUUUAGAAUUUUACCAUAAAUGUAUUUAUAUAUAAUAUUGCUAGUCUACUCUUUUCAUUGGGUUCAUGGAAUGAGAUUCUUUCUAAAGAAGGCAAAAAAAAAGAGCACCAGAAAAAAAAUGUUGUACAUGUAUUAUAUGGAAUUGAGAAUGUAUUGCAGAUUAACUAGGUACUUUUCGUACAUGGAAAAAAAGAUAAAUAAAUUUCCUGAUUUGACAAACAAAUUGUGUGUGUUGAUUUCCUUCAUAACUGUUAA